AGGUGCGGGGUACGGCGAUGGCCACCACCGGGACCCUGGGCAACUACUAUGUGGACUCAUUCCUGCUGGGCGCUGACGCUGUGGAUGAGCUGGGCGCGGGACGCUAUGCUCCGGGGGCCCUGAGUCAGCCCCCACGGCAGGCGGCGGCACUGACGGAGCACCCCGACUUCAGCCCAUGCAGCUUCCAGUCCAAGGCGGCGGUAUUCGGUGCCUCGUGGAACCCGGUGCACGCGGCGGGCGCCAACUCGGUGCCCGCGGCGGUGUAUCACCACCAUCACCACCCCUAUGUGCACCCCCAGGCGCCCGUGGCUGCGGCAGCGCCGGAUGGCAGGUACAUGCGCUCCUGGCUGGAGCCCACGCCCGGUGCGCUCUCCUUCGCGGGCUUGCCCUCCAGCCGGCCUUACGGCAUUAAACCUGAACCGCUGUCCGCCAGAAGGGGUGACUGUCCCACGCUUGACACUCACACUUUGUCCCUGACUGACUAUGCUUGUGGUUCUCCUCCAGUUGAUAGAGAAAAACAGCCCAGCGAAGGCGCCUUCUCCGAAAACAAUGCUGAGAAUGAGAGCAGCGGAGACAAGCCCCCCAUCGAUCCCAGCAACCCGGCCGCCAACUGGCUCCACGCGCGCUCCACUCGGAAGAAGCGCUGCCCCUAUACUAAACACCAAACGCUGGAACUGGAGAAAGAGUUUCUGUUCAACAUGUACCUCACCAGGGACCGCAGGUACGAGGUGGCCCGACUGCUCAACCUGACAGAAAGGCAGGUUAAAAUCUGGUUCCAGAACCGCAGGAUGAAAAUGAAGAAAAUCAACAAGGACCGAGCGAAAGACGAGUGAUGAUGCCACUUGAGUUCAUUUAGAAAACAGACGGAGCUAGAGGGAAAGAGGAAGGACUGCCUGCUGCCCCCUUC